ACUUCAAAUGAUAAAAAGAAAUAAAGUAAAAAAAUAAUCUCAAAAUCAUUAAAAAAUAAAAAAAAAAACUCCCAUCAUAUCAUGCCCUUCGCAUCGCCGUCGAUCACAAGUGCUAACUAAUUCGCGCCCAACACUCUGCUCAAUCCCAUGAUGAACCAAACUCUUUCAGAUUUGUCUGGAUGAGACAAAUCCACAGCCAAUUCCUGUCGCCAUGUUUGCCAAAUUCUUCCAAAAAGCAACCGCGACGAAACCACCUCCGCCUCAGGGAAGAUUAAGGUCGGUGGAUUUCGAUCCAUGCAUUACUCUUCACUAUGGCAUACCAGCUACUGCAUCCAUUCUGGCUUUUGAUCCUAUUCAACGCCUGUUGGCAGUUGGGACAUUGGAUGGGAGGAUAAAAGUAAUUGGUGGUGACAAUGUAGAAGGGCUUCUAGUAUCUCCAAAGAAGUUACCUUUCAAAUAUUUGGAGUUCUUACAAAAUCAAGGUUUUCUAGCUAGUGUCUCAAAUGGAAAUGAGAUUCAGGUUUGGGAUUUGGAAAACAGUCAAAUAACUUCUAACUUAAAGUGGGAAUCCAAUAUUACUGCUUUCUCAGUCAUUCAUGGCACCAGCUACAUGUAUAUUGGGGAUGAGUACGGGAUGGUGUUCGUAAUAAAGUAUGAUGCAGAAGAAGGAAAACUCAUACAUAUGUCCUAUUAUGUGCCCACAGAUGUCAUAGCUGAAGCAGCUGGAGUUUCAUCACCUAAUCAUCAUUCUGUUGUUGGAGUCCUCCCCCAACCAUGCUCUCAGGGAAAUAGGUUGCUUAUUGCUUAUGGGAAUGGCUUGAUUGUCGUCUGGGAUGUCUCUGAAGAUCAAGUAGUUAUAUUAAGAGGCAAUAAGGAUAUCCAACUAAAAGACAAAACAAUAUCUAAUUCUGGGGAGAAAUUUGAUGAACCACUGGAGAAAGAAAUAAGCUCUCUUUGUUGGGCAUCUAAUGAUGGGUCUAUUCUUGCUGUUGGUUAUGUUGAUGGAGAUGUACUGUUCUGGAACUUGUCAACUGCUGCCCCCAGAAAGGAUAAGCAAUCUGAAAAAUCACUGAAUAAUGUUGUUAAACUACAACUAUCAUCAGGCAACAAAAGAUUCCCUGUCAUUGUAUUACAUUCUUCUACAAGGAGAUUCCCUAGCAAUCAGGGUUGCCAGCUCUUUGUCUAUGGUGGUGAUGAAAUUGGAUCCAAAGAAGUUCUGAAGAUUCUGAGCCUCGAGUGGUCUUGUACCCUAGAAAGUCUCAAAUGUGUCAACAGUGUAGACCUUACACUGAAUGGUUCUUUUGCGAAUAUGGUUUUCUCACCAGGGAGUGGGAUGGAAAGUAGUGAUAGUUUGCUAUUUUUAUUAACAAACCCAGGAAAGUUGGAUGUUUAUGAUGAUGCUUCCAUUUCUGCCUUACUAUCUAAGCAAGAGAAAAGAAUUCAUGUUUCUUCAAUACACUAUUCAAUGCCCAUACCCACUGUUGAUCCACAUAUGACUGUUUGUAAGCUUGGUUUGGUUGAUAGAGAUGAAGAAUUAUCAAAGGCUCUUUCCAAGAUUGUCUCAGCAGCAAAGUUUAAAGCGAUGAAUAUGCCAAAAACCAAGAGUACACACUGGCCUUUGACUGGUGGUAUUCCAAGCCUUCUUUCUGAAGCUUCAGAUGAUCAGAUUGAGAGAGUAUACGCAGCAGGUUACAAAGAUGGAUCUGUUCGAAUAUGGGAUGCCACAUGUCCAGCUCUUUCACUUAUUUUCGUUAUAGGUAGUGAGGUGGAAGGCAUCAACAUUGCUGCAGCAAGUGCAUCAGUUUCAGCCUUGGAUAUUUGCUCCUUCACUUUAAGUUUAGCCACUGGGAAUGAGUGUGGUAUGUUCACAAAUUGCACAAAACAGAUGGGCCUCAAUGCAAGGCUGUGUUUUCCUUCGUCAGUUCCCCUUUCACUCGUCAGUUCUCUGGCUGUGCAAUCGUUUUCAGAUACCAUGAACAUAGAAAAUUGUUCAAAGGAUUCUGUACCAAAAGGUUUGGAUGAUCAUGACAAGUGGGUAAUAUUCUUAAUGACAAAGGAUGCACAUUUUUCUAUUUUAGAUGGCAUCAGUGGCAAUGUGAUCAAGUCUCAUUCAAGAAUCUCACAAAUGGAGUCGUCUGCAGUUUCUAUGUACAUUAUAGAGGGUGACAACAUAAUCUGUGAACUGCCUAAUGAGAAGCAUUCACUAAAACCAUCUCAAAUUCUUGAGUCUAAAAGUGAACCUGCACAAUCUGAUACCGACCAUGGAAUUAUCCCAUCAGAAGGUGAACUUGAGAGCAAUGAUGAAGUGGCUUAUCUUGGACAGAUGUCAAAUUUACUCAUAUUAUUUUGUUUUGAGGAUGCGCUGCACUUCUAUUCUAUGGAGUCUUUGAUUCAGGGGUAUGGUGACUCCGUCCAGAAAGUGAAUCUUUCAAAACCAUGCUGUUGGACUGCAACCUUGAGCAAAGAUGAGAAAGAGUGCGGGCUGGUUCUGCUUUACCAGACUGGGGACCUUGAGAUAAGGUCUUUGACAACUCUUGAUGUAGUGGGAGAGAGUUCUUUGAUGUCUAUUGUGGGAUGGAGCUUGAAGACUAACAUUGAAAAGACAAUAUGUUCUUCUAAUAGGGGGCAAAUCAUGCUGGUAAAUGGGUGUGAAUUUGCAAGCAUAUCUAUUCUUGCCUCUAAGAAUGACUUCAGGAUUACGGAUUCCUUGCCUUGUCUUCAUGAUAAAGUUCUUGCAGCUGCUUUUGAUGCCACUGCUAAUAUAUCUCAAAGUCAGAAGAAAAGCCAGGAUGCUGCACCUGGGAUUUUAGGUGGUAUUAUUAAGGGCUUAAAAGGGGGUAAGGUGGAUAAUGUGGAUCUUUCAGAAGCUUGUACAAAUGAUUUUUCACAUCUAGAGAGAAUAUUCUCCAAUCCCCCCUUUUUAAAGCCUACCGAGGAUGCACGAGAAGUUAAGGAGUUGAACUUAAACAUAGAUGACAUUAACAUCGAUGAAUCUAUAGUCAUAUCAUCUUCAUAUGAGAAGAUUAUUUAUGAUAGAGAGGAGAACGCAACGGAAAGAGAGAGAUUAUUUGAAGGUGCCACUGCAGUUACAAAACCAGAACUAAGAACACCUGACGAAAUAAGGGCCAAAUAUAGAGGGACUGAGGACGCUGCUGCUGCAGCAGCACGUACAAAAGACAGGCUUCUAGAACGCAAAGAAAAACUUCAGAGGCUUGACGAACGUACUCAAGAGCUUCAGAGUGGGGCUGAGAGUUUUGCCUCAAUGGCAAAUGAACUUGCCAAGAGAAUGGAGAGACGCAAGUGGUGGCAAAUAUAACAAGUUGGUGUGGAUGAGUAGUCCUUUAAUUCAUUAAUGUGGUUCGUGCAUUCCUGAUGACAGUUAGCCAACAUCGAGCUUUCAACAUUCUCCUGAUGGCAACUAUGAUUGUUUAUGAUCAAUGAUUCUUAAUUUCAUGCAUAGGGAUGGAUCCAGGGACGGAGCCAGACUUUUACGUG